AUGAUUAAUUUUGAUGAUUAUAAAAUAAUUGGUAGUAAAACAGGAUCACAUUUGACGAAUUUUGGGGACGAAGAUGAAUAUGAAUAUGAUGAGAUAGAAAUGGACAAGAAGUUAAAUUUGUCCAAUCAAUUAGAAUCUGAUGAAGAAGAUAAACAAUUAAAGGAAUAUAUAUCCAAAAGAGAAAAACAACAUAAAGAUGACCUUGAAUUUCCUGACGAGGUGGAUACACCAUUAGACGUACCUGCAAAAAUUAGGUUUCAAAAAUAUCGUGGUUUACAAAGUUUUCGUACAUCACCAUGGGAUCCAUAUGAAAAUUUGCCAAUUGAUUAUUCUAGAAUCUUUCAAUUUGAACAUUAUAAAAGAACAAAAUCUAGAAUUUUGAAUCAGUUUAUAGUUGGUGAUGGUGUUAAGUUAGGUGCACAUAUAACUUUACAUAUUUCUAAUGUUAAAAAAGAAGUUGCAGAUCAUUAUGAUCCAUCAAGACCAUUUAUCGUGUUUGGAUUACUCGAAUAUGAGCACAAAAUUUCCGUUGUAAAUUUUUCUGUCACAAGAAAUAACGAAUAUAAAGGAACAAUCAAAUCCAAGGAUGAUUUAAUACUACAAUGUGGGUUUCGUAGAUACGUUGUUAAACCGAUAUAUUCGCAGAAUACACAAGGUAGAAAAUCUACCAAUAAUGUUCAUAAAUUUGAGAAAUUUUUAAAUCCGGGAAGAACUUGUAUCGCUACCAUAUACGGACCUAUUCAAUUUGGAAAUUUGCCUGUUACACUUUAUAAAGAACUUGCCUAUACUAAUGUACCAAUGAUGGUAGCCACAGGAUCAUUUUUGAAUGUAGAUCCAACACGUAUAAUCGCUAAACGUAUUAUACUUACGGGUCAUCCAUUCAAAGUACAUAAGAAAUCUGCAGUUGUACGUUACAUGUUUUUCAAUCCCGAUGAUGUGGAUUGGUUUAAACCUGUUCAAAUGACAACAAAAUAUGGACGCAUUGGACAUAUUAAAGAAUCAUUGGGUACCCAUGGAUACAUGAAAUGUAUAUUUGAUUCACCUAUUACACAACAAGACACUGUGAUGAUGAACCUUUAUAAACGUGUCUACCCGAAAUGGGAUACUACAAAAAUUUGGAAUAGUAGAUUGAAGGAUGAAUGUAUUAUCAGUAAUGAUAACAAUGAUAAUGACAAUAAUGUGAAAAGAGUUGAAAUGGAAAUUUAA